ACUCACCACUCACAAGGCCCCAUUUUUGAGCGCUGCAGGGAUUUUUCGUCCGUCUCAAAGACGCAGGGCGCUGUUCACUUGCCGCCUUUGGAGAAAAAUUUCAAGAGCCUGGACGUCCUCCGGUAGUAUCAAACACAGCGAAGCAAGUCACAAGCACAAGUGCACCAGCGCUUGCUAACGGGGCAUCGAUGCCUGAUGCCGUCGAUUUCAGGCGCCAAGGUUGCAAGUUCCCCGUGCUAAUUACGCGAUUGGUAUUAGAGCGGCGAAAGACCCUAUUACUCCACAAAAAGGACUGUAACGAUUAGAAAUCUAGCAGGCAUCGUUUCCUCUCCGGGACAGUGGAUCUGGCAACCUUUCUCAUGAAUCAGUAUUAGAGUCAAGAUCGGAGUGCCAGGCAGUUCCCGCUGGCACCCGUGCGAUUCCGCAACCACAGCCGGCCCAUGCAGCGCAUCGCCAAACGACCAAGGUCUCGAUUCGGUUGCACACAAUGCCGCGAUAGGCAUCGCAAAUGCGAUGAAAAGCGACCCUCCUGUGGCUUCUGCGAGGAGCGUGAACUCAAAUGCAGCUAUGAGACCGUCUUGAAAUGGUCGAAUCCAGGCAGUAUCAGUACAUUUGGAGUGCAGCAGCGCAAGAAGGAAAAGCCACCGAAGAGCUCCAACGGCGCAAAACAAAGCCCAUCUUCGGCCCCUCGUUCCGAAGAUGAGGGCGCUGGCUGCCAAGCAACCAGCUAUGAUCCAGUACAUGAAGCCCGAUCGCUCUUACCGGACAUCAGUGAAAAGUCAAGCGAUUUCAUUCCUCAAGAAGCACAUAAAUUUGCAGCGACGAAUCGCAUUGCCGUCUCUUCAGAAUCUGGACUGCUGUCCUCGACGAACGACUCGCGAUCAGUCGGUUCCUCUGUGACGGCCCAAGUUCCGUACUACCCUUCAUGCGGGGAAGGCUCGAAUGUACCGCGUCAUGAUCAUAUCGGUGGUCUGGUGCCUCAACUUUCAAAUUCACUCGAUGAGAUCGCGAGUCCAAGUAGCUUGAACUCAUACACCAUCGACAACAUACUGAACAGUCUUCUUCAUCAGUUUUUGGAUAACCAUGACGAGGAGAUUGCUUUUAUCUACUUCGUUGAGCACGUCUGUAGCGUGAUACCUGCUUAUGAUGGACCCCAAAAUCCCUAUAGGAAACUUGCAAUUGUGGCACUCGCACAUCCCGUCCUUCUUCACGGGAUUCUGGCGGUUUCUACCGCAUACAUGUAUAAUCAUGGCCGAAGCCAUGAACAUAUUCUGUCAGAGCGACAAUCUAGGGCCCUGAAAUCUCUGCAUUGGGCAUUGAAUGCAUUCCAAACAGAGAAGGCUACCCUGACACCGGAUGCGGACAGCUCGAGCGACAUUAUACAAGACUCGAGCGUGCUCUCGAGGCUCAGUGCAAAGGAAGUUGUGCUGGCUGCAGUCACUAUGCAGACUUGUUCAGUUCUGAUGUCUGGAAUUGGAGUCUUUGAAGACCACGUGAAAUGCGCCUUGCAUUUUAUUCAAGACCUUGGAUGGUUUUACACCCCUCCCAAGAAGAUAUUCAUGUGGCUCCUCGUUUAUCGCUUUGCCACGGUGGACGUUUUUCUAGCAAUUCUACGGCUUCGCAAUCCAAUUGCACCUUUAGACUUUUUUAUGUAUCGCCCGAAUGAGUAUCUCGACAAGGCUGAUCCAAGUUUCCGAGAGAUGAUGGGCUUCUCACAGCGCGUGCUGUGUUUUCUGGCCCAGAUCUCUGUUCUGAGUAUCGAUUUGACAGAGAGAAACAUGCCAAUCGAUCUUGUUCAAGCAAAGGCACUCAUGCUGGAGACAGAGAUGCGCACUUGGGGUCAUCAUUAUCACAAAAAAAUGAUUCAAAGUCUCGAGAGAGAUCCAAAUCCAGUUGGAACAUUACCGACGCCUAAAGAAUCGAUGAAUUCUCAAGCUGGGCUGGAAAUCGUCUGUGAAGUUCACUAUUGGAUUGCACAGCUCUUGCUCAUGCGCAGAGUCUUCUUUGAUUCGACGAAGUCGCUCCGAGUCCAGAAUGUCAGAAAAUAUCUAUUCCGAUUAAUGGAUCAACUCCCGGCGGGAUGUGGACCUGAUUCUUGCAUGACGUUUCCGCUGUACCUCGCCGCCAGAGAGGCUGUAACCCCAGAAGAUCGAGAGUGGGUUCGUCGCAAGCAUGCUGCCACAAUGGACGUCUACCGUCACCAGGCUAGGGUUGCCUUCAUGGAUGCAGUCGAGGAGAUCUGGGCGCAAUCGGAUGAUCUGGAUUGGCAGGACACUGGGAAUGUCCCCCAGUGGAAAACGCCAAAGGAGUGCUUCAUAAGAGAAAGGGACAAAAAUGCGUCGUACUUUGCGUUCUGAGCCGAAUAUGACUUGAACGGGUCAUGAUUUACGCUGUUCGUGGAUAUUUCUUCAGACAUAGGAUUCUGGAGAGGCCGGAAUACCAAUCGAAUUUUGAGCAAGCAUUUUUCUCUCGCGUGCUGCGAGUUGUCUGCCAUCGAUUUGAGCAGUCUAGUUUCCGGCAACGGAUGAUCUGUUUUUUGCUCUGCCUACUGAUCUAAAUCUUGACGUAAAAAUAUGGAAUACGAACUUAUUUGCUGCUAGCCGGACAAGAAGGCAAGCCCAGAUACCGCCCAACUCAAAAGAAUAAUAAACGACAUAAAGCCACCAGCCUCCAUGACCACGUCUGACCAGCUCAUAUCUUGUCCCCGCGAGAUGGCGAUACGAUCGAACGAUGGGAAUUGCAAAUGCACAGAAGCGAAGCACUUGUAGUCCGGUAGGGCAGAUACUCCAUCCCAUUCACAUUGUAUGGUUUGGGCAGGCACGGUCGAGAUGGUCAAGGUGUAAUCGUAUGCCUUUGUGCCAUCAACAGCCUCCCUGUAGCGCAGAGCCAGAUUUAUAGCUGUCUGGCCGUUGGCUUGGAAGAGCAUCAGUCUAGUGAAAUUUUUCUCGAGGGCUUCUCGCAGGUCCAGACUGGCGUCGUAUAUGGCUAUAUAAAGGCUGGGCGACGGCCUUUCAGACGAAUCGUUCGCCGCCUUGUUCGUAUUAUCUGGGACGCAUCAGCUUGGGAGCAACAUCGGAAGACGGAUCUGUACAAGUGAGGGGGGGGUCACUGACAGUAGAAGAAAACCUGCACGAUCAUCUCCGUGCCCUCAUUCACACACAUGUGCGACGAAGGGGUGGCUAAAUCCAGAUAUCUGUACUUGACACCCUGCCACGUAAAGUUCCCGACGUCUCCAGGCGAGAAGUUGUCAUCGCAUCUGCAAGGUAUAGGGGUCUCUGUGCCGUCGUUGGUGCAAUUCUUGCCGUCCGUCUCGAUCCAGCCGAGCCCGCACUUGGCCGGCUCUCGCGUCAGAAUCGCCUGCGACGACCAGUCCACCCGCUGAAAGAAUGCCACCGAAGGGAAUCGAGCGCUUGCCUGGGCAUCGUGAGUAAGUAGGGAGCACAAAGUCGCCACGUGCAGAGAGGGGGACAUGGCUAACCACUGUCUCUUCCUGCGUGAACAGCACCGUCCGAUUCAGAGCCACGUGCCACUUGCACCAGUACGCGAACGUUAAGAUGACCAUGCUCAAGACGAGAGACAGGACAGUGUUGCCUAGGUUCUUCCUGUAUCUCACGCCAGCUGUGGCGAUCGCGUUUCCAUUAGCGGAAUCCUUGGGUAGCGUUUUCUUUUGCUUUUUGUUCCCGUCGUUCUUCUUAGCACUUACUGUUUGGAAUGAUGUAUCGCACGGCGUCGUAGGCCAGAAGAAGCACGAUACACAGCGUGAACACGGCCGUGGCCACGGUCAGUGUGACGCGCAUCGAGCCCAGGGGCCAUCUUGACGCGACGACAAGCAGGAUGGAGUAGACGAAGAAGCAGACCACAGCCGUGUAGGCUGUCAAAAGCGAGGGUAGCGACGUACUAGAUAUGCCCGGACGGCUCAUGGCCAACCUAAACUGUACUCAUACUUCGAG